CCGACCAGGAACCCAAACUCGAUCUCCAGCCAGAUUGAAUCGGGAGACAAUGGAGGCCUUCAGGUUUGGCUUCUCCCCGGACAUGCCGCCGGCGUUCAAGUUCGACCCGACCGACGACGACAUCGUCGCCCACUACCUCCUCCCGCGCGCGCUCGGCAUCCCGGACCCGCCCUUCGCCCACGCCGUCCUCGACGACAACCCGGCCAGCCUCCCGCCGCCGGACCUCCUGGCGCGGCACGGUCACGCCGACAGCCACCACGCCUUCUUCCUCGACGUGACCAAGAACGGGGGGCGCCGGGAGCGCGUCAUCAAGGGCGGCGACGGCGGCAUAUGGCGCGGCCAGCAGGGCCAGUGCCAUACCCUCACCCUGCUGAGUCCCGGCGGCCACGAGAUGGACAUCAAGUACAAGCGCUACGACCUUACCUACAAGAGAUUCGACGACGACGACGAGCAGGAGGAGGAGGAGGUCAAGGGGAAGAAGAGGAAGAGGAAGAACGGCAAUGGCAGCGCCCCGUCCGGCUGGGUCAUGCACGAGUACACCAUCACCUCGCCGCCGCUCCAGAACACCGUGCUGAGCCGCAUACACCUCACCAAAGGCAAGAUCAAGGAGAACCAGCUGCAAGCCACCGACAUCGACCAGCACCACCAGGUCUUCCCGGCUCCACAGCAGCUCGUAGGGCCAAGCUACUACCAGGACGAUUUCGCACACCAGGAGCAGCCACAUCCAAGCUACUACGAGGAUUUCCCUUACCAAGAGCAGGCAGUGCCGAGCCAUCUCGACAUGAUUUGCGGCGGCAACCACGGAAGCCAAGCCGAUGAUGCAUCCUUCUACGGCGAGGAGUUCCCAUACCAGGAGCAGGGGGCAGGACCGAGCUACCAGCACUUCCCAAUCCCCGACCAGCCAGGUCCAAGCUACUACCAUCAUCAUGCCGACGGCGGCACUGGGUUCAGCGACGGCAGCAACGCCGAUGAUGCUUCCUUCUACGGCGAGGAGAACCCAUACCAGCAGCAUGCAGGACCCAUCUACCAGGGCUUCCCAGCGCCCGAGCAGCCUGUUCCAAGCUACUACCUGAUGGGCGGCGGCGGCGGCGAGGGAUUCAGUGACGGCAUCCAAGCCGAUGAUGCUUCCUUCUACGCCGACAAUGGUGGUGUCACGGGGGACGGCUUUGUCAAUCUGCUCUGCGCCGGGGACGGCUUGGCCGGCAACAGCAACUUCUGCGACGAUGGCUUCCACUUCACUAGCGGCGGCGACAUGGAGUUUAAACCCAGUGGCCAUUGCGCAACGCAAGACACCUAUCCGUCAAAGACAGAUUCUUAAACUUUGACGAAUGUAUUAUGUUGUU